GGACAUUAUUUGUCAGUGGCCUGCCCAUGGACGCCAAACCCAGAGAGCUAUACCUUCUAUUUAGGGCAUACAAGGGAUACGAGGGGUCACUUUUAAAGGUGACUGGUAAACAGGGUAAAAAUACAUCGCCAGUUGGAUUUGUUACAUUUGAAACAAGAGUGGGUGCUGAAGCAGCGAAGCAAGCCCUUCAGGGAGUACGGUUUGACCCAGAUAUACCACAGACUUUAAGGCUUGAGUUUGCUAAAUCCAACACCAAAGUAAGCAAGCCCAAACAGUCGUCUCCACAGCCGCCCAAUUCACACCAAGCACUUGGACCACAUUUAACACCAAGAGAGCCUUAUGAUUUAGGUGCAGCUUUUUUCCCAGGUGCUCCGGAAGCAUGGGUACAUCAUCCGUUAGCAGCGUAUGCAGAGUUAGGUCCAGCCAUGCACCAUCCGGCAUUUUCGCAUCCAGCGUUACACGCUCAGGUACAAGGCGACCCUCCAAAGCUAACGUAUGUGGUGCCACAUCCCGCCCACCCAGUCAUUGCACCCUCUCACCCCCAUGCACCCAUACCACAACCGCCCUUACCAGCAAGUAUUGCGAAUGCAAUGGCAGCCGUGACAGGAAGCAAUGCCCCCUGCUCCACCCUUUUUGUCGCCAAUCUGGGAACCCACACCACAGAAGAGGAACUCAGAGAACUUUUUGGCAGGAUACCAGGUUUCAGUAGAUUACGAUUGCACAACAAGGGUGGAGCCCCAUGCUGCUUUGUAGAGUUUCAAAAUGUUGUAUUUGCAUCACAAGCACUAAAUCAAAUGCAGGGUCAGGUGAUGUUUUCCAGUGAUCGCGGUGGACUUCGUAUUGAAUUUGCCAAGAAUAAAAUGGGCGAGCCCCAAACUCGACCUGGUGAAAACAACAUGGCUGCUGUUGUUGUUGCCGCUCAUUAGUUGCAGUGAUCACUGGAUUUGACAUGACAUGACCCUCUACCCUUUGAACUCUGACCACCCGGAGCACAUCAUACCACAACCUCAAGAUAUUUACCAAUGAGGCCAUAUCCUUAACCUUUCAACUCUGACCUAGAUGUCAUUACUAUGGUGACAAUGUCUCUAAGUUAGACUAGUCAUGAGUUGUGUCACUAUUGUGUAACAUGACAGUGAUAGACAAAUUUUAUAGGUCAAUAUUUUCUUUUGUCUCAUUUUGUUACAAAGUGUGUUUCUUUCGUGAAAAAACGCAGGGUCUUUUGUUAUUUUAAUUGUAGGUCACUUAUUUUUUCUGAAAUGUGGCAUGAAAAGCUCAUAACUUAAAUAAGUAUAGCUGAAUUUUAAAAUGUUUUCUCCUUACUGUCUGUAACCCUUUGAGUGCUACAAUCUUUGGCAGCAAAAUGUCAGUGCAACACUUUGCCUGUUGGUAAAUUCAAAUGUUUUGAUAAUUUUGAUUCAAAUGAGCAUAAGUUCAUUAUGGCUACCGGUAUAUGUUUUGAUCAAAAUUUUGGAAAAUUCAAAUUUUUUGGAUAAUUUUGAUUCAAAUGAGCAUAAGUUCAUUAUGGCUAUAUGUUUUGAUCAAAAUUUUGGAAAAUUCAAAUUUUUGGGAUAAUUUCGAUUCGAAUG